ACCCUCAGUUUCUACGGGCAUUGCUCCAGGCGGAGGCUACGGCUCGCCUGUCUCCGCCAUGUUCUCUUGCUGCCUGCUAACUCCCAGAUUGCGACUUGUACCACAACGAUGGGAUCAAGGAAGAGGCCGUGUGUUAGCGGCAGCUGCCAGCGAGUAGGUUAUACGUGCACGUCUCACCGACACAUCACAAACCGGCGAAGCAGCAGAGGGGAGAGAAACCACGAUGGGGAGGAGCGGCGGCGAGGCGGCGCGGAGGAGGGAGUUCGGGAGCAUGGACGAGUUCUGGGGCUUCUACCUGAGCCAGCACUCCAAGUCCGGCACGCGGCGGUGGCACUUCUUCGGCACGCUGGCGUCGCUCGCCUGCGCGCUGCUCGCGGCCGCCACGGGCCGCGCCGCGCUCCUCCUCGCGGCGCCCGCGCUCGGGUACGGCAUGGCGUGGUACAGCCACUUCUUCGUGGAGGGCAACCGCCCCGCCACGUUCGGCUACCCCGUGUGGUCCUUCCUCUGCGACCUCCGCAUGUUCGUGCUCAUCCUCACCGGCCGCCUCGACGCCGAGCUCGCCCGUCUCCGCGUCCGGCCGCCGCCCGACGCCACGGCGGCCUCUGCGCACCGAGACUGAUCCGUCUCGAUGUUUGUCUAUCCUGCCUACGCUUAGCGUACCCGAUGGCCUAAAUCAAUCGUACCAGCGAGCAGUUCAUGGUGAUAUCAAAUAAUACCAGCGCGUAUGUGUGUUUGCUCUGCCAGCGAGCAGUUA